GAACACUGUUAGUCUACCCACCUAGGCUAACGAGGAGCGAGGGCGCUUUUCCUUGCUCUCAUAGCCUAGCAAAGUUUGAAAAAUUUUAAAUUCAGAAUGGGCGAGAAAUUGAAAGGAAAAAAGCAAUCGGCGGUGAAGGAACCACAACCGAGAAGAAGAUGAAGGAAAGGAUUUAGAGGUUGAAGAAGAAGAAGAAGAAAUUUGAAAGGAAGAUCAGCCAAACCGUGCAUCCCCUUGACACGGUUUUCCUCCUCGAAAAGAACUGUGAACCCUCUUUCUUUCUAUUCCUUCACCUUAUUUUUUUCUCUUUUUCUUUUCUUUCUCUUUCGUGUAUUUCUGUAUAAUAUUACUAUUAGAGUUACAGCCAACGCCAGCUUUAUUCCCGUCGCCGAGUCUGCUGUUCAGGUUUUUUCAUUCCCCUGUAAUGCUCAUUGCCUACUUCUGCUUCUGGACGGUGAAACAAUAUCAUAUUUUCCGUUCGCAACGAACGCUAAUGUUCAUCGUCCGCGCCCGAGUCCCACGCACUCCAAAUCUUGCUGUCGCCGCGCGCCGCUUCUCUUCCUCUACGACCCCUCUCUCCUCUAAACUCAAGGAGCUCUACUCCUUCGAAGCCCCACCCUCUGUUUCCAACAACCCUAGCCAUAACCCCGAAAUCCCAGCACAAACCGUCAAGAAGAAGAAGCAGAAGCCUUUGUACCGUCCGCCGUCUUCGCUUGAUCGGACAGGCCAGAAGCCGCUACACUCCGACCUGCCGUUCGAUUUCCGGUACAGCUACACAGAUAGCAGCCCGGCCGUGCGACCAAUUGGGCUGCGCGAGCCCAAGUACUCGCCUUUCGGGCCCGGCUGGCUUGACCGGCCGUGGACGGGAGUAUGCGCUCCGGCCGUGGACCCCACUUUGAGAUCCGUGGCUGGGGCAGAGGAUCCCAAGUUGGAGGAGAAGAGGAGGAAGAUGAGGGAGAGGGUUCUUGGGGAGCCGCUUACGGCCGCCGAGAGGAAAAGUCUGGUGGAAAAGUGUCAGAGGCACAGGACUAAGAGACAGAUUAAUCUGGGGAGAGAUGGUUUAACUCACAACAUGCUGAAUGAUAUUCAUAAUCACUGGAAACAUGCUGAAGCAGUUAGGAUAAAGUGUCUAGGUCUCCCCACUGUUGACAUGAAAAAUGUUUGCACUCAGCUUGAGGAUAAAACAAGUGGCAAAAUUAUACAUAGGCAUGGUGGUCUGCUUGUAUUGUAUAGAGGCAGGAAUUAUAAUCCCAAGAACAGGCCUGUGAUUCCGCUAAUGCUGUGGAAGCCCCAUGAACCUAUAUUCCCAAGGCUGAUUAAAACAACAAUAGUGGGCCUCAGCAUUGAUGAAACAAAGGAGAUGAGAAAGAAAGGGCUAGUCGUUCCUGCUUUAACCAAGCUUGCCAAAAAUGGUUAUUAUGGUAGUCUCGUACCUAUGGUUCGAGAUGCUUUUCUUACAGAAGAGCUGGUCCGAAUAGAUUGCCAGGGUCUUGAACGGAGUGACUACAAGAAAAUAGGCUGCAAACUUAGGGACUUGGUGCCUUGCAUCCUUGUGACAUUUGAAAAGGAGCAGAUUGUGGUAUGGAGAGGCAAGGACUAUAGGCCUGUGGAUGGCGGGCAGUUCCUUACUGCUUGGGAAUUAUUUGAUGAUCAAAGCAGCGGUGGGCUAUGGUGCUGAAGAAUGGGAGGAUUCACGCGAUUGCAGCAGUGGCGAUGGAUGGUCCCCUAAUUGCUCUAAGCACUAUUUGGGAAGAAAAAGCAACGAGUUUAUGUUUAUUUUAUUAAUUGAAAUAAUUACCUGAUCUAAUUGUUUGUUAAAAGUAUAUUAGUACCUGACGUUGUAAAGUCUUUUCCCAUGAGUGGAUUAUCGAUUUUUUUAAUGAAUCCUAACUAUUCUUCAUUCCAUAAUGGAAUAGAGAUGAAUGUGUAGAGAGUCCCCUAGAUGCUGGAAACACCAUUUGGGAGCUUGUUUAUUGUCAUUGGGUGCUUGCAUUUGGGAGGCGAAUAAAGCAAGAGAAGUUCCCAGAA